UCCCGUCCCAGGCCAGCCUCUGGACACAGGACCAGCACUUUCCCUCACCGGGCAGACGCCCCUCACCCGCCCCGAGUGACUCACUGUUCCCCUGGCCCACAGCCACCGCUGUCUCUUGGCAGGAGGCAGGCGCAAGGUUGUGCCGAAGCCACGGGGUCUGGUGCGAGAGGGCCACUCGGCCACUUGGCCAGGAGGAGGGUCUGCAAGCAGCCGGACAGGCCAGCGCACAGAGGCUGGCCUAGGGACAGCAAGGCCAGUGGCUGGGACUUACAGUGGCCUGGGGGAGCCAGCACCUCCCUCUCCACCCUGGCUUUUAGCCUUGUCUUUCUUCUUCCCACCAUGAAGAAGGAAGUGACCUGAGAGCCAGCAAAGACAGCCAGCCCCCGACAGGGAGGAGACCAGGGUCAGAGGGCCGCGGCCGUGGGUCCCUCAGCUGCUGGCUCUCCCAACUAGCCAGGCAUGAAGGGUGGUGGCAGCGCCGUUUGGAACCUUAUGUGGAAGUACUGCAUCUCCGUGAGGACCCUCAGCGUGGAGGGCGAGGCCCCCAGCAGCGAGACCGGCACGUCGCUGGACAGCCCGUCGGCCUACCACCAGGGCCCCCUAACGCCUGCUUCCAGUCUGAGCCCCGACCGCUACGAGCACGCGUCGGUGGGAGCCUAUGGGCUGUACUCGGGGCAGCAGCAGCGCACACGGAGGCCCAAACUGCAGCACUCGACCUCCAUCCUACGCAAACAGGCCGAGGAGGAGGCCAUCAAGCGCUCGCGGUCACUGUCUGAGAGCUAUGAGCUCUCCUCCGACCUGCAGGACAAGCAGGUGGAGAUGCUAGAACGCAAGUAUGGGGGCCGCCUUGUGACCCGCCAUGCGGCCCGCACCAUCCAGACGGCCUUCCGCCAGUACCAGAUGAACAAGAACUUCGAGCGCCUGCGCAGCUCCAUGUCGGAGAACCGCAUGUCACGUCGCAUCGUGCUGUCCAACAUGAGGAUGCAGUUCUCCUUCGAGGGCCCGGAGAAAGUGCACAGCUCCUACUUCGAGGGCAAGCAGGUCUCCGUGACUGACGAUGGCUCUCAGCUCGGGGCCCUGGUGCCGCCCGAGUGUGGCGACCUUGGCGAGCCUCCCGCCCUCAAGUCUCCCGCCCCGUCCAGCGAUUUCGCGGACGCCAUCACGGAGCUGGAGGACGCCUUCUCGAGGCAGGUGAAGUCCCUGGCGGAGUCCAUCGACGACGCCCUCAACUGCCGCAGCCUGCACGCCGAGGAGGCGCCGGCCCCCGACCCAGGGCGGACCCGGGACGCCGAGCCCAAGCCGGCCCUGCACAGCGUGGACCACCACAAACUGGACGAGAUGACGGCCUCGUACAGUGAUGUCACCCUGUACAUCGACGAGGAGGAGCUGUCCCCGCCCCUGCCCCUCUCGCAGGCGGGGCACCGGCCGCCCAGCACGGAGUCGGACCUGCGGCUGCGGGCUGGGGGCACCGCGCAGGACUACUGGGCUCUGGCCCACAAGGACGACAAGGGGGACACGGACACCAGCUGCCGGAGCACACCGUCGCUCGAGCGGCCGGAGCAGCGGCUGCGGGUGGAGCACCUCCCGCUGCUCACCAUCGAGCCGCCCAGCGACAGCUCCGUGGACCUCAGUGACCGCUCGGACCGUGGCUCGCUCAAGAGGCAGAGCGCCUAUGAACGCAGCCUGGGCGGGCCGCAGGGCAGCCCCAAGCACGGCCCUCUGGGCGGCCCCCCCAAGAGCCUCCCCCGGGAGGAGCCGGAGUUGCGGUCCCGGCCCCCCCGGCCCCUGGACAGCCACCUGGCCAUCAACGGCUCGGCCAACAGGCAGAGCAAGUCGGAGUCCGACUACUCGGAUGGGGACAACGACAGCAUCAACAGCACAUCCAACUCCAAUGACACCAUCAACUGCAGCUCCGAGUCGUCAUCCCGGGACAGCCUGAGGGAGCAGACACUCAGCAAGCAGACCUACCACAAGGAGACCCGCAACAGCUGGGACUCCCCCGCCUUCAGCAAUGAUGUCAUCCGCAAGAGGCACUAUCGCAUCGGCCUCAAUCUCUUCAACAAGAAGCCUGAGAAGGGCGUCCAGUACCUCAUCGAGCGCGGCUUUGUGCCCGACACACCAGUGGGGGUCGCCCACUUCCUGCUGCAGCGCAAGGGCCUCAGCAGACAGAUGAUCGGCGAGUUCCUGGGCAACCGGCAGAAGCAGUUCAACCGGGACGUGCUCGACUGCGUGGUGGAUGAGAUGGAUUUCUCUGCCAUGGAAUUAGAUGAAGCCCUCAGGAAGUUCCAGGCACACAUCCGGGUCCAAGGGGAGGCUCAGAAGGUGGAGCGGCUCAUCGAGGCGUUCAGCCAGCGGUACUGUAUCUGCAACCCCGGGGUGGUUCGGCAGUUCCGGAACCCAGACACCAUUUUCAUCCUGGCGUUUGCCAUCAUCCUGCUCAACACAGACAUGUACAGUCCCAACGUCAAACCUGAGCGAAAGAUGAAGCUGGAGGACUUCGUUAAGAACCUUCGAGGUGUGGACGAUGGUGAGGACAUUCCCCGGGAGAUGCUGAUCGGGAUCUACGAGCGCAUUCGCAAGCGGGAGUUGAAGACCAAUGAGGACCAUGUGUCCCAGGUGCAGAAGGUGGAGAAGCUCAUCGUGGGGAAGAAGCCGAUUGGAUCCCUGCAUCACGGGCUUGGCUGUGUGCUCUCUCUGCCCCAUCGGAGGCUGGUCUGCUACUGCCGGCUCUUUGAGGUUCCAGACCCAAAUAAGCCUCAGAAACUCGGACUGCACCAGCGAGAAAUCUUCCUGUUUAACGACCUCCUGGUGGUUACCAAGAUCUUCCAGAAAAAGAAGAAUUCCGUGACCUACAGCUUCCGACAGUCCUUCUCCCUGUACGGCAUGCAGGUCUUGCUCUUCGAGAACCAGUACUACCCCAAUGGCAUCCGGCUCACAUCUGCUGUCCCCGGGGCAGACAUCAAAGUGUUAAUAAACUUCAAUGCACCCAAUCCUCAAGACCGGAAGAAGUUCACUGAUGACCUGCGGGAGUCCAUUGCCGAAGUGCAGGAGAUGGAGAAGCACAGGAUAGAGUCGGAGCUUGAGAAGCAGAAGGGCGUCGUGCGGCCCAGCAUGUCCCAGUGCUCCAGCCUCAAGAAGGAGUCGGGCAAUGGGACGCUGAGCCGGGCCUGCCUGGAUGACAGCUACGCAGGCGGGGAGGGCCUCAAACGCAGUGCCCUCAGCAGCUCCCUGAGGGACCUCUCCGAAGCGGGGAAGCGAGGGCGUCGCAGCAGUGCGGGAUCGCUAGAGAGCAAUGUGGAAGGGUCCAUCAUUAGCAGUCCUCACAUGCGCCGGAGACCUACAUCAACACGAGAGUGUCCAUCUCGCCCACACCAGACUAUGCCUAACUCAUCCUCCCUCCUGGGCUCCUUAUUUGGGAGUAAGAGAGGGAAGCCCCCUCCCCAGGCCCACCCGCCCUCAGCCCCUCCCCAGCCGCCGCCCCACCCACCGGGCCUGCCCCACCCGCCGCACACGGUGGUGGCCAGCCAUCACCAGGGGCCCGUCGAGGGCCCGCCGCCAGCCUCGGUGCACGGGCACCACAGCCAGUACUGCCACAUGCAGCAGAACCCGCCCCCCUACCACCACCACCACCACUACCACCCCCCCCAGCACAUCCAGCAUGCACACCAGUACCACCACGGCCCCCACGGGGGGCACCCGCCCUAUGGGGCCCAUGUGCACAGCCACCCACCGCUGCCCUCGGCCCAUGCCGGCCACCCAGGCCACCCGGGCCAUGCAGUGCACCACCACGGGCAGCCGCCCGCCCCGCCGCCCCCUACUAGCAGCAAAGCCAAACCCAGCGGCAUCAGCACAAUUGUGUAGACAGCCUGGGACGGGGUCCCAGACUCCGCGGGACAAGUGCACACCACACAGUCACGCCCAGGGGCGGUCCGCCUCAGACCAGACCCAGGGCCCUUCUCUUUCCACCUCCUCCCCCCACAACCCCCCACUCCCCGUGGCCUGGAUGGAUGCCCUGAGCCCACAGGGCUUGCGCUGUAGGGAACAGAGCUCCCGAUCGCACUUAGCCUGGGCGUCCCAGGUUCCAUCCACUUCGACCCCGGGGUGGGCCUUGGCCACCAUCAGCCUUGAAACUGGGGCCACUGGCCACAUAGAUGUCGAAAUGCCCCCCCACCCCAAAGCAGCACUCAGCUCUGCUCCCUAAUUGUACACACAUAUGAAAACCCAGCCUAGGAAAAGAAGAAAUGAGACACAAAAACCAGAGACAGAACAAAACAAAAAAACCCAAACUUGCUGCAUUUAUUGCUCUUUUAUUGACAAUGGGCAAAAAAUUAAGUAGACCUGAUAUGGUUGAUGAAAAUAACGUAAGUAAACUUUAUAUAAUAUAAAUAUAUAAAUAUAUAAAUAUAUAUAUAUAUAUACUGUAUAGGUAGUAUUUGUGUGUGAAAGGAAACGUCUCAGUCCACAAAAUUAGCAAUAUAGACUUUAUGAGGAGCUCCACUUACCUGAUAGGAAGACAGUACCUUACAUGAAUGUGUGAGAGAGAGUAAACCAAAAACGUAAAUGCUAGGAACAAAUUCAGAUACUUCCAUAUUUUCAUAAAAAGAAGAGACGUCCCUCCAGGACUGGCUAAAAUCUUUACGCAAUCAUUACUAACUGUGCCAAGUAACAUAGCAUCUAACUGUUUAAAAAGUCCAAUAUUGCUUUGUAUAAAUCCUUAUUUUAUUAACAGAAAACUAUCCUAAGUA